CAGCGGCGCCGCGCAGACAUUGACAUUUAGCCCAAGUGAUUUCAAUUUUCAGUGAUUUUUAAUUGAUAUUUUUUAAAAAUAUUAUGAAAAAACAUUAAAUAUCCAAUAGUGUAUUCAAUUUGAAUGAUCAUUCUCCGUUUUAUAACUUUUUAAGUUGUUCUUCAACAAGUGGAUGAUCAAAAUUUCACAGAAAACUCAAUGGACACCUCUACCGAUUCGGCAACGUUUGAUUCUUAUUCAGUCCAUGAGAAGUUUGAAGAUGGUUCCAGAUUUGAAACCAACCAAACAUUAUUGCAACCUCAAAAUCAACAAGGAUUAUUUGGAAGUGAAUCUGAUAUGUCGUUUCAAAUUGAAGAAAGAGGAUCAUUGAAUGCACCUCACAGACACAUGUUACCUCCGAUUAUCGAAGACACACCUCUAGAUAGAAAUGUGAUGUCUCAUUUCAUAAAUAAAAUACAAAUUGUACCAGCUUCUUCACAUGGAGGACAUUUCAACACCAACAGUGGAAUUAUUCCGUCAAGAAAUGAGGCGAAAACACCUUUCAAUGUAGCUUAUGAAAACAUACAAGCCUCCCCAACUGUAGAGAGACGCCAGUUCAAUGCAAAUUACAGUGGAAUUCAAUCUGGAAACAUACAGGCCUCCCCAACUGUAGAAAGACGCCAGUUCAAUGCGAACUAUAGAAGAAUGCAGUCUCCAAUCCAAGGAAAAAGACUUUUGGAUGUAAGCUAUAGACAUGUGGCAUCUUCAACCCCGAAGAAAGCUACAUUUGAAACUAAUAGAGCCGUUUUUUCGUAUUCAAAACAGUUAAUUAACAAUAAUAAAUCACUGCCAGUUAAUAAAACAGUGUUGCCGAGCUCAUUUGGAACUAACAGAGGAGUAGCCUCUCCCCAUUCAACACAAGUAUUGACAACUAACAAUCAAUCAAUGCCGGUGAACAAAACAGUGUUGCCGAGUUCAUUUGAUACAAGUAAGCAUAAUCAAAUAUUGAGGACGAAUGAAGUUGACAGUGCAGUUUUCCAGCAGUUGAACAGUGGAGGAAUACAGCUGGCAACCAACAAUCAAACCGCGCAAACACAAUUUGGAGACAAAAUAGUUCCGAUGAAAUUGGUUGCUGAUGGAAGAGCACAAUUUUUCACGAAAAAUGAAACAAUGCAUGGUCGAUUUGGAGAGAGAAGACAGACUAAUACCGGUGAUACGAGCAUGUCCAGAUCAAAAGUUGUUGGAGAUAGAGUUCCUUUGAGGACACACAGUGGAAUCAAAGCUGAGGGAAAAAUAAGUUUAAAAGACAACACUGGAACAGUGCCACUACAAUUUCAAGACGGGAGAUCGGUCAGGCCUGAGGCAGUAGUUAAUCAAAGUAUGAUGAUAGCUCCAACAAAUUUAGAUACAAAGAUGAACAAUGCAACCAUGCCAAUGUCUUCUUUAGGAGGUGGAGUAACACCCAAACCAAACAUACCCUCAAGGAUCAGUUCAAGUAAAGGGGGACACUCUUCAGCAAUUGAUAAAAUGUUUUCUGGACGGUCAUUCAACAAAGAGAACAUGAAACCAUCAUCUGUUAGUGGAUCAACUAUCAAUAAAAUGGUUUCAUCGUCUAUUAGGCCUACUGGAGGAGUAUUUGACAAAGAGAACGUGAAAUCAGCAAGUGAUGAAGAGAGAGGAAAUAUUAAUCAACAUACUUUUCAAGCAGUUGGAGAGAGACAGUCGGUGAGACCAACCAAAGAUAUAUUGUCCUGUCCUCAAGGUGGAGAAAAACAAAAUUUAUUCAACAAUAAUUCUAUGACACCAUCAAUGAUUGGAGAAAGAAAGCAAACCAAUACAACAGAUUUGAGCGUGCCUUGUCUUUCUAGUGUGAGCAGUACCUUUGUGACACCAACUACAAUUGGGGGAAGGAAAGAUUUCAAUACAGCAAACAUGAUCGGAGAAAGAAAGAUAUGCACUACAACUGAUUUGAACGUGCUUUCUCUGUCUAGUGCAAGCACGACACCAACUACAAUUGGAGGUAGAAAAGAAUUAUUCAAUCCGUCUCUGGCUCCUCAAAUUGAUGGUGCACCGACUGAUAUCAGCUUAGCAACUUCGUUUGUUGAUCAAGAUGGACCAAAUCAAGAAGCAGAUGAUCAAAAUUUCACAGAAAACUCAAUGGACACCUCUACCGAUUCGGCAACGUUUGAUUCUUAUUCAGUCCAUGAGAAGUUUGAAGAUGGUUCCAGAUUUGAAACCAACCAAACAUUAUUGCAACCUCAAAAUCAACAAGGAUUAUUUGGAAGUGAAUCUGAUAUGUCGUUUCAAAUUGAAGAAAGAGGAUCAUUGAAUGCACCUCACAGACACAUGUUACCUCCGAUUAUCGAAGACACACCUCUAGAUAGAAAUGUGAUGUCUCAUUUCAUAAAUAAAAUACAAAUUGUACCAGCUUCUUCACAUGGAGGACAUUUCAACACCAACAGUGGAAUUAUUCCGUCAAGAAAUGAGGCGAAAACACCUUUCAAUGUAGCUUAUGAAAACAUACAAGCCUCCCCAACUGUAGAGAGACGCCAGUUCAAUGCAAAUUACAGUGGAAUUCAAUCUGGAAACAUACAGGCCUCCCCAACUGUAGAAAGACGCCAGUUCAAUGCGAACUAUAGAAGAAUGCAGUCUCCAAUCCAAGGAAAAAGACUUUUGGAUGUAAGCUAUAGACAUGUGGCAUCUUCAACCCCGAAGAAAGCUACAUUUGAAACUAAUAGAGCCGUUUUUUCGUAUUCAAAACAGUUAAUUAACAAUAAUAAAUCACUGCCAGUUAAUAAAACAGUGUUGCCGAGCUCAUUUGGAACUAACAGAGGAGUAGCCUCUCCCCAUUCAACACAAGUAUUGACAACUAACAAUCAAUCAAUGCCGGUGAACAAAACAGUGUUGCCGAGUUCAUUUGAUACAAGUAAGCAUAAUCAAAUAUUGAGGACGAAUGAAGUUGACAGUGCAGUUUUCCAGCAGUUGAACAGUGGAGGAAUACAGCUGGCAACCAACAAUCAAACCGCGCAAACACAAUUUGGAGACAAAAUAGUUCCGAUGAAAUUGGUUGCUGAUGGAAGAGCACAAUUUUUCACGAAAAAUGAAACAAUGCAUGGUCGAUUUGGAGAGAGAAGACAGACUAAUACCGGUGAUACGAGCAUGUCCAGAUCAAAAGUUGUUGGAGAUAGAGUUCCUUUGAGGACACACAGUGGAAUCAAAGCUGAGGGAAAAAUAAGUUUAAAAGACAACACUGGAACAGUGCCACUACAAUUUCAAGACGGGAGAUCGGUCAGGCCUGAGGCAGUAGUUAAUCAAAGUAUGAUGAUAGCUCCAACAAAUUUAGAUACAAAGAUGAACAAUGCAACCAUGCCAAUGUCUUCUUUAGGAGGUGGAGUAACACCCAAACCAAACAUACCCUCAAGGAUCAGUUCAAGUAAAGGGGGACACUCUUCAGCAAUUGAUAAAAUGUUUUCUGGACGGUCAUUCAACAAAGAGAACAUGAAACCAUCAUCUGUUAGUGGAUCAACUAUCAAUAAAAUGGUUUCAUCGUCUAUUAGGCCUACUGGAGGAGUAUUUGACAAAGAGAACGUGAAAUCAGCAAGUGAUGAAGAGAGAGGAAAUAUUAAUCAACAUACUUUUCAAGCAGUUGGAGAGAGACAGUCGGUGAGACCAACCAAAGAUAUAUUGUCCUGUCCUCAAGGUGGAGAAAAACAAAAUUUAUUCAACAAUAAUUCUAUGACACCAUCAAUGAUUGGAGAAAGAAAGCAAACCAAUACAACAGAUUUGAGCGUGCCUUGUCUUUCUAGUGUGAGCAGUACCUUUGUGACACCAACUACAAUUGGGGGAAGGAAAGAUUUCAAUACAGCAAACAUGAUCGGAGAAAGAAAGAUAUGCACUACAACUGAUUUGAACGUGCUUUCUCUGUCUAGUGCAAGCACGACACCAACUACAAUUGGAGGUAGAAAAGAAUUAUUCAAUCCGUCUCUGGCUCCUCAAAUUGAUGGUGCACCGACUGAUAUCAGCUUAGCAACUUCGUUUGUUGAUCAAGAUGGACCAAAUCAAGAAGCAGAUGAAAUGAGACACAUUAAUAUGGAAGCAGACGAUGGGAAUAAUGCCAUGUCGCAGGAAAAUCCACAGAGCUCUCAAAAUCCACAUUUUUUUGAAUUUACAUUGAGGAAAUUGGAUGCAUCGGCUUGCUUAGCAGAGCCGGUACGACUUGGCCCGCUACUGAUGAGAGAAAUCUUCGAACAGAUUCCAGAUAGUUUGUUAAUAGCCGCUCUAUCAGAUCCCAAACUUGAAGAGCAUUUCAAAGUAGUUGAAGAUGCAUUGGAGCAAGGGAUUGACUUUACAGGUCAUUCAGAAAAAGAGAUAUUGAAGGCAUUUUUUAACAGCGAAGCGUUUCUACCAUUCAUUGAAGCACUCACAUCUAUAUUGAAAAAUGAUAAUAAAGAAUAAUUUAUUCAUUUGUUAGUUUCGUAAUGCAUAUGAAUUAUGCUGAUCAAGCCAAAAUUAAAAUUAAUGUUCAGUAUGUUCACAUUUUGUAAUCUCUAUUAUGAAGGAAUAAUCCUUAAUCUGGAUUUAAUCUGGGAUAAUUUGAAAGUUUGCGAACCUUAAUUACUUGGACAGUACUUAUUAUACUUGAAUAAUUUAUUUACAAUAAAUUAAAGACUAGAAAUCAUGACAUAUACCAGCUUACCAAUUUUUAUAUAAAUCAGUAAACUAAUUUUUAUAUAAGAUCAGUAAACUGAGAUAUUUAUUGUUUUACAACAAUGUUCAAGGUACUUCAUAUCUUAUCUUCGAAUUUUAAAUUAUGUGAAUGUGAGAGCACUUAUUUCACUUCCAUUGUUGAACUCAGCCUUAUCAAUAUGACUUUUCGGACUUCCUUUCCUACUUCCAGACUUGAAAACUUAGAUUUAAAUAUAGAUUUUAAUGUUUAUACUGUUAAACUUAGAAAACUUCGAUUGAUCACUAUUCUAUUCAUAUUCUGUAUUCGUAUUUUGUAUAAAUCUCAAAUCUGUUUCUGUUGUGAUUUCAUGGCAAGUGAAUUUGAAUAAUAUUCCAUAACAGUGAGCAUAGAUUCUGUCACCAAAAGUUCAUUUCUUGAAAAAUGAAUGAGUAAUUUUCAUGUAGGCUAUUUUUCAAACACAAUAUUCAAGAUAUAGGCUACCCCUUUCAAUCAGAAUAAUCAAUGCAAAAACUAAUAAUAAUUGUACAUUUUUUGUUUGUAUUUUUUGUAUAAUAACAUCUACACAACUGUAUUUUUGGUGAUAAAUAUUGUAAUAUUAUAAAUUAAAUUUGUUUCAAUUAAAAUAGUCAAAACAUGGAUA